UCUUAAAUUACUUUCUCCACCACCACCAUCUUCUUCAUCAACAACAGAAUGUUUAACAAUAUCAAGUCCAACAAAAACUCCUAUGCAUAUUAAUACUGAUACACAAAAAGCACUUGAACAUUUACGUGAAUUAGCUAAUAACCCGUCUGAACUUGAACGUAUACAAACAUUAGCAAAUAAUCCAAAUUUAAUACAUGAAAUUAAAAAAAUUGCUAAUCAAUCAUUUAUUGAUCAAUUAAAAACAUUACCACCAUUUGCACCAGCAAAUUUACAGCAGACAACAAAUGAAUCAUUACCAAUAGAUAAUAAUAAAUCUAAUAAUGAAAAUCAUGAACAGAGUAAGAUAAAACUUUACUUUCGAAUACUUCUAUAAAACUAAUAGAAUUUAAGAGAAAAUUUCGAUCUAUUUGCAUGUUCGUUUUUUUU